AGAAUUGUAAGGCUGUCUGCAGAGAUUUGAAAAAUGGCAACAAAUGAAAGUGUCGACAUCUUUAGUUCAGCAUCCUUGGCUGUGGAGUAUGUAGACUCUCUUUUACCUGAGAAUCCUCUGCAAGAACCAUUUAAAAAUGCUUGGAACUACAUAUUGAAUAAUUAUACAAAGUUCCAGAUCGCAAUAUGGGGGACCCUUAUAAUUCAUGAGGCUCUUUAUUUCCUGUUCUGUUUACCUGGAUUUUUGUUUCAAUUUAUACCUUACAUGAAAAAGUACAAAAUUCAGAAGGACAAGCCAGAAUCACUGGAAAACCAGUGGAAAUGUUUUAAAAUGCUUCUCUUUAAUCACUUGUGUAUCCAGCUGCCUUUGACUUUUGGAACCUAUUAUUUUGCAGAGCAUUUCAAUAUUCCUUAUGAUUGGGAAAAAAUGCCAAGAUGGUACAUGCUUUUGCUAAGAUGCUUUGGCUUUGCUGUGAUCGAGGACACCUGGCACUAUUUCCUGCACAGACUAUUACACCACAAAAGGAUAUAUAAAUACAUUCAUAAAAUUCAUCAUGAGUUUCAGGCUCCAUUUGGAAUUGGGGCUGAAUAUGUACAUCCUCUGGAAACCCUAAUUUUUGGACCUGGAUAUGUCAUUGGAAUCAUGCUUUCAUUUGACCAUGUAAUUCUUCUUUGGGCGUGGGUGACCUUGCGUUUGAUAGGGGCUAUUGAUACCCACAGUGGCUAUGAUAUUCCUCUCAACCCUUUAAAUCUCAUCCCUUUCUAUACUGGCUCACGGUAUCAUGAUUUCCACCACAUGAACUUCAUUGGAAACUACGCUUCAACCUUUACAUGGUGGGAUAGAAUUUUUGGAACAGACUCUCAGUUUAAUGCCUACACUGAAAAGAUGAAGAAAUUGGAGAAAAAGACUGAGUAAACCUCUCCUGUAAACCCUCUUGAAGAUACAUGUUUUCCUGGAUUGAAACUAGUAGCUAAUAUUGCUUCUGGGAGCAGAAAUAAGCAUGUGUCUUGGCUGCAUGGUGAUAAAAAGAACAUUAA